AUGGCGUCUUCCUUACGCCUGGAUGACGCGCUGCGGAGUGCUGCCCAAGCCUACCUGAAACCUCCGGGGUUUCGCCCCUUCUAUGGCACGGCAGGUUACCGUGCGCUUGCCCCCCUGCUGCCCUCCACCGUAUUCAGGUGUGGCGUGCUCAUGGCUGUCAGGUCCCUGCUGCUCGAUGCCCCCACUGGCAUCUGCAUCACAGCCUCACACAACCCCGCACCCGACAACGGUGUCAAGCUGGUGGAGCCCACCGGGGAGAUGCUGACCCGGUCCUGGGAGGCCCACGCCGACAGCCUGGCUUGCGCGGAGAGCACGGAGGCCUUCCUCGCCGCUUUCGCUGCCUUGCUGGAAGCCGAGGGCAUCGUGCUGCCACCGUCCUCCUCAUCCCAGUCCCAUGCCGGCGUGUACAUAGCCCACGACACGCGGCCCAGCAGCCCCGGCCUGGCCGAGGCGGCCAGGGUCGGCGCGGCCGCGCUGGGCGUGCCUACGCACGACCUGGGUCUGCUCACCACCCCGCAGCUGCACUGGGCUGUGGCGCGCACGGCGCCGGGCGAGCACUUCAACGAGGACGACUACUUCGCCGAGCUGGCCGGCGCCUAUGCAGCUCUGGUCUCUCGCGCUGCCACCGGAGGUGGCGCUGAACCCGCCGACGGUGGCGCUGAACCCGCCGACGUGUCGGUGACCGGCCGUGCCCCCCUCCCGUCGACCCCCACCGUCCUGCACGUGGACUGCGCCAACGGGGUGGGCGCGCCCAAGCUGCUGGCCCUGGCGGACCGCUGCACCGCCGCGGGGCUGCACCUGACCCUACACAACACGGGUGAGGGCGCGCUGAACGGGCGCUGCGGCGCCGACUUCGUGCAGAAGGCGCGGCUGCUGCCGGACGGGCUGGAGGGCGCAGGGCCCUCCUACCCCUGCUGCUCCCUGGACGGCGACGCCGACCGCAUCGUCUUCUUCGUCCCCGGCACGGGGGCGGGCUUGACGCUGCUGGACGGCGACCGCAUCGCCGCGCUGGCCGCGCUGCUCUGCGCCGACCUGGCUGCCGCGCUGCCGCGGGGACUGAGCCCGGCGAUCGGCGUGGUGCAGACCGCCUACGCCAACGGCGCCGCCACGCGCUACCUGACCGAGGCGCUGCGCCUGCCGGUGACGGUGACCCCCACCGGGGUCAAGCACCUGCACGCCGCCGCCCACGCGCACGACGUGGGCAUCUACUUCGAGGCCAACGGCCAUGGCACCGUGCUCUUCGCGCCCGCCUACCUCCUGCGCCUCAAGGAGUUUGUGCAGGCGGGUGCGAAUGCCGACGAUGAGGACCCCACGAUAGCGCGAGCCGUGGAAUCCGGGCGUGACCUGCUGGCGCUGUCCCUGCUGGUCAACCAGACGGUGGGCGACGCGCUUUCCAUCUUGCUGCUGGUGGUGGUGGCCCUGCGGCGGCGCGGCUGGACGCUGGAGGACUGGGCGGGCAUCUACCGCGACCUGCCCUCGCGCCAGAGCGUGCGCAGCGUGGCGGACCGAAGCGUCAUCGUCACCGCCGACGCGGAGCGGAGGGUCGCCCGCCCCGCAGCUCUGCAGCCCGCCAUCGACGCAGCCGUGGCAGCGGCGCCGCAGGGCCGGGCGUUUGUGAGGCCGUCGGGAACCGAGGAUGUGGUCAGGAUCUAUGCGGAAGCUGCCACCCAGGAGGAUGCGGAUGCCCUGGCCGCAGAGGUGUCGGACCUUGUGGCCCUGCAUGCCGGCGGCCUGUGA